AUGGGCCGCCCACCAGCAAAUUACAAACGUCUUAUUGUGCUGUGCGACGGAACGUGGCAGAGCAUCCUGAACGUCAGCAGUCCUAGCCAUCCAACCAACAUUGCCCGCUUUGCUCGAGCCAUCAGCCCUGUUGCUGUGGUUCAAGACAAGGAUGGUGUAGAACGGGAGGUCGAGCAAAUCGUCUAUUACCAACCGGGUGUUGGGUCAGGAAUUGGAGACAAGAUCCGCGGCGGCGUCUAUGGCGCUGGGCUGUCUGCCAAUAUCCGAGCGGCCUAUGCUUUCCUGGCACACAACUACGACCCAAACCCUGGAGAUGAGAUCUUCUUCUUUGGCUUCUCGCGCGGCGCCUACACGGCCCGCUCGAUCGCGGGCUUGGUGACCAAGCUCGGGCUCCUCACGAAACGGGGCAUGGACUGGUUCCCUCAAGUCUACGACGAAUACUACAACGAUCCCACCAGCAAGCCUGUCUUCGACUUCUCCCCCACGCUCAAGGGGCUGAUCGGCAACGACCUGAACGAAGGGGCCAAGAACGCGGUCAAGAUCGUCGGCGUCUGGGACACGGUCGAGUUCCACGCGGAGGGCUGGGGCGGUGAGAAGAUCGAAUUCCACAACGCCGAGUUGUCGACCCACGUCCAAUAUGCGUACCACGCGCUGGCGCUGGAUGAGCGUCGCGUGCCCUUCAAACCGACAUUGUGGCAGUGGCCGAAAGACCCCAACAACCGGUCGAAACUGUACCAGCCCACGUCCGGUGCUGGCCUUCAGGUGAUGAAGCAGGUGUGGUUCUCGGGCGUCCACAGCGACAUCGGCGGCGGCAGGUAUGACCCGAGGGGCUCCGACAUCACGUUGGCGUGGAUGCUCGCGCAGUGUUCCAAGGACAAGAAACUGGCCUUCAUCGACGAGGAUCCCGACGACCCGUCCGACUUCACCGAGUACUAUCUGCUGCCCGACCGCCUCAAGCCGAACCCCAACAAGACGUGGAGCCAGCUGGGCAACAAGCUGGCCGCAGACCCCAGUGAGGGCAUCGUGGGCGAAAUCACCGACGCCGUUGAACACAUCGCCGUGGAAGACCGCAAGGCGUGGCCGAUGGCAAACACGUUCGAACGCAUCCACCGCUCGAUCCACGACCGUAACCUGCACAACUGGCACUGCGGCAUGCUCAGCGGCCGGGACCAGGACGGCUUGUGGGGGUUGGUCAGUCCGAGCCAGUUCGGCGCCGCGCUGCCGGAGUUGGAGUCUGACGACGUGGCCGACGCCAUCGAGGACAAGUACCGUGGACGAGUUCGGGCGCUGCCGGGGUCGAAGGGCGGUCCGGCGAUACCAACGAAACUGUAG